CAUCACUGCUCAGAGGCUCAGAGUCUGUCCCUCAAUAGCAUGCGGUUUUCUCUCUCCAAGGUACCUGGACCUCUGAUGGGCUUUACAGCGGUGUGGAGAAUUGAGUAACACUUCCAGUGUAGUCAUCAAUGAACUCGGGUGGUCACACCAUUAUCAACUCCAUCUCCUCCUCUUUUGCUUGAACCCUAAACCUUUCUUUCUCCCAAGAGCCAUGGAAGGGUGUCAGGGGCGUCCCAUUCGUCUCCUGUGCCGCACACAACAUUUUGACUGGUCUGGGAGCAGCGACACUGUUGUAACCAAAAUCAGUACUCCAAACGGGCACACUCUGAUAAGCCUGAACUCCGAGCGCAGCCUAGAAGAAGCUCCAGUAGCCAUGCCGGAGGCAGCAGUAGACAGCCCAUGCUGCUCUCCUGUUUCAAUGGAACAGAAACCCAUGGUGAAUAAUGGAUCAGGCGUACUAGAUGGAAACACAAAAGAGUUAACGGCACACCGUGAAGACAGGGAGCCAUGCUCCUGCUCCUCUCCUUCGCCUUCUAGCAGCCCCGCUCCCCCUCACUUCAAACGCAAACCCUACCGCACCAAGACUAGCAUGCAGGGUGAUGUCUACAAUUUCCUAGAGAGACCUGCAGGCCUGAAAUGCUUCCUCUAUCACUUCCUGGUGUUCCUCAUGGUCCUCGUAUGUCUCAUCUUCAGUGUGCUCUCCACCAUUGAGCAGUAUGCAGAAUUUGCUACUGGGACACUAUUCUGGAUGGAAAUUGUGCUGGUGGUGUUUUUUGGUACGGAGUAUGUUGUGCGUCUGUGGUCAGCAGGCUGCAGGAGCAAAUAUGUGGGCAUCGCAGGCAGACUACGCUUCAUCCGAAAACCCAUCUCCAUCAUAGAUCUGAUAGUGGUGGUUGCUUCAGUUGUAGUACUUAGUGUGGGAUCAAAUGGACAGGUUUUCGCCACUUCUGCAAUAAGGGGAAUCCGCUUCCUACAGAUUUUGCGCAUGCUCCAUGUGGAUCGUCAGGGAGGCACGUGGAGACUACUGGGAUCUGUAGUCUUUAUUCAUCGACAGGAGCUGAUAACGACUCUGUAUAUUGGUUUCCUGGGUCUGAUCUUCUCCUCGUAUUUUGUGUAUCUGGCGGAGAAAGAUGCAGUGGACGAGGAGGGGAAGACAGGCUUCUCGAGUUAUGCAGAUGCGCUCUGGUGGGGCGUUGUCACUGUGACCACAAUAGGCUAUGGAGACAAAGUUCCUCAGACCUGGAUAGGGAAGACCAUUGCCUCCUGUUUUAGUGUGUUUGCUAUCUCCUUCUUUGCUCUGCCAGCGGGUAUUCUGGGUUCAGGAUUUGCGCUGAAGGUGCAGCAGAAACAGAGACAGAAGCAUUUCAAUCGCCAAAUCCCAGCUGCUGCCUCACUAAUACAGACGCUGUGGCGAUGCUACGCAUGUGAGAAGCCCAAUGGCUGUCCAGCUACAUGGAAAAUAUACAUGCUGAUGGGUGACUACAUCCCGGUUAUAAACUCUGAGAACUCCAGUCCUGGAAAUUUCAGAAAACUUAACAGACGAUACAGGAGGAGGCUGAAGUCCACACGCGAUAAUGGUUCUCUGGGAAAUGCAGGAGAAAAAGCUCUGUCCAUCCCUCAGAUUACUUAUGACCAUAUAGAUGACAAGGAGGACAAGCGCGAGGUGCCUUUCUUCUUAGAGGAAUCCACAGGCAUCACAAAGAUGUUCAGACAGACAGACUGCCAGCACUCAUGGUCUUCUUUCAAUCUUACAUGUCCUGCUUCUCCAGUUAGAAAAAAGCUGGAGGGACCUCCUAAUAUCUCGCGCACAGGCAGCCUAGUGGAUGACAUGGAUUUUGCCAGUGAAUAUAUCCCACUCCCCAUGGUGACAGAUGCUUCACAGCUUACCCAUGCACAUCGAUCUGCAAUCAAGGUUAUAAGGAGGAUGAAGUAUUUUGUAGCUAGACGGAAAUUUCAGCAAGCAAGGAAACCCUACGACGUGCGAGACGUGAUCGAGCAGUAUUCCCAGGGCCACCUGAACAUGAUGGUCCGUAUUAAAGAGCUCCAGAGACGGAUGGAUCACACGUUGGGAAAGCCAGGAAUGUUCCUGCCAGAAAAAGGAGUGGAGAAGGAGUACCACACUAUUGGAGCCAGGCUGAUCAGAGUGGAAGAUAGGGUGCUUCGGAUGGACCACAAACUGGAGAGUGUUCUGAAGAUCCUGGUGGAGCGGUUCCAACUCGAACCAGAGCUACUUCAGAAACCGAGCCACUGCAGCUCCCGCUUAAUGAAACGCCAGAGUGGCAGCAUGGAGAAAGGACAGUGAGAGCAACAUGGAAAGCAGGCAAGAUUGGAAGACAUCUUUUAAUGAGCAGUGUGGAAACUGUAAUGUCCAUAUCAGGGUUUUUUCAUAAAAAAAUAAAAAAUAAAAAAAAAGAUAAGACCAUAUGGAAAUUUGAUAUUAAACAGCCCAAGCUAGCGAGAGAGUUUCACUUUCAAUGUAUCUUCCAAAGACAACAUGCUAUAUGUUCAACACCUUAUUAGCUUGCAGCAUAGGGAAGUCAGUCAGAGUUCCCUCCUUAUUUGAUUUCCAUCAGUUUGUUGUUGAAGAUGGAUAGCUGAAAAUCCUGCUGUUUAAAAAAAAAACCUCUGAUACGAAAUAUGUCACAUGUCAAGAGAAUUACUGCGAUCCUAAACUACUGCAGCACAGAGGGAGAGUGAUAGAGUUUAUUCAUUCCACAUGUUAAUGUGCACUUUAGUAAGUGUGAACAUGUUUUGCAUGAGUUAGUUUCACCACUGAUAAAUAGAUAUGGCAGAGAUAAUCGAAACAGCAAAACAUUGCUGAUGGGGUUUAAUGGACUUAAAUGGAAUGUAAGAAAGGAAGAGGGAGAGCUGUUUGAGGUUGUGGACUCAGUAAGCAGUGCCAAGGCUUUCAACAGCCUAUUCAUUUUACAAUUUCACUGGAUUACUCCCAUUAAGUCUGUGAUUAUUUUUUCUCACUCUAGCUAUUUGAAUGCAAAACUUCUGGUAAAGGUGAGGUGGCGUGAUGCCAGCUGCCAGCAUUUGAUGAAAGGAAACUACAGUAAAAAGUAGAUUUGUUUUCAGUAACCACAGAGCAGAAAGAGCAGAGAGGGGGAGAACAGAGAGAUAAGGUGCCUGCACUCCAUUCACAAGUCAUGCUCAUCUGUUGGCACCUUGCCUGGCACAGAACAAAUUGGUCGGUGGUUUUCCUUUUUAAUGUGUUAAUUAAACAUUGUCUUUUAUCACAGGUUUGAUAGAGAGAAGAGAGCUCAAAGAAGUGGAAAGUUAGUGUAAGAGGAGUGUUUUUUUUCUUUAGGCUUCUUUCCAGAUCACUCAUAAAAAUAAAUGAGAGCAAAAUUCAAACUGUGAUUAUCUCAUACUGCUCUGUACAUCUGUUUUAUAAGUAAUGUACAUAAUGUAGCAUUGCCUCAUCACAUUUUUACCAUCACUUUCACCAGGAUCUAGUGAUGUAAGAGCAAUCACCAUUGUAUAAUGUAUACAGCACAUUGUAAGAGACUUUUGUAAAUAAAUAUGCAUUUUUAUCUUAAAUAUUAAUGCUGUAUGUUU